UAACUGAAGUGUUGCAUGAAAUGAAAAAUAUGAAAAAAUUUGCAAAUUUCAAACGAAAAAAUUGAAUACAUAUAUCGUAUUGUCUAAGAAGUGUGUUUUAAAUAUUUUGAUAACCAAUUUAUAUGCCAUGUAAAAACAGAUUCGUGCAAGCACAUAUGUAUAUGUAUGUACAUACAUACGUAUACCUAAUUGGGUAUAUCAUAUCUUUUUUAUGCAACCGCGUUCCAUUUUUUGCUAUCCACUUUAUCUUCAUUCUAUUUUGUGCUGUGUUGAGAUAUUUUCACGCGGCUGUUGGAUUUAUGUCAAAUUGGAAACAACAACAAACUUUAUACUAUGCAACAGCAGCUACGCCGCAGAGGUAGUAGCAACGACAGCGUCAACGAUAGAGUGUUUGACGAUAAUUAAAAAAAAAACUGUGUGGGAAUAUUCUGAAGAGAUGUUUAAAUCUGUUUAAAUCAAUCUUGUUUGAUUUAAUACCUUACGAUUACAGUCAUAUGUAUAUAUGUUACAUACAUACAUACAUAUGAAGAUUACAAUACCGGCACUGCUCUGCCAACGCCAAUGCCAAUGCUCUACGGUCGCGAUCUUGUAGCAUAUUUUCAAUCUUGCCGAUUUAUAUGCUAGUCAAUCUGUUUUGUUGCUGUUAAUUUUAUAGCUAUUUGACGCAUUUGCUGCGAGUUGACUCUGCUAACUUAUGCUGCUUGCCUAGCGGAAUCUUCGGGAGCGUUCGGUAAACUUAUGCAGUCGGCGCUCUGAUCGGUUCAAAUUUUGAACAAUAUCAGAGUUGCCGUGUGUUGAAACGAUUUUUUUUUUGAACCAACAGUAAACACUUCAAUUCAAAAUGCUUGUAUAUAGAAACAAAUAUAUUUAUUGUAUUAAUAAUAAUGCUUUCUAUAAUUGUAUUUGCAUUCAUUGCAAGUUGUGAUAUAUUUGUUUUUUUUUUUAACAUUUGUUUUCAUAUCUCUGAGUGACUUGAAUAACGUGGCAACUCACGCCAUUUAAUUAGAUUGAUAGCGAGUGCUGUGAAAACCGAUCGUCGUUGGCGCUGCGCAGUUGCUCUGCUGCUGCCACUGUCAAAGCAACUAAUUCUCCACAUCAAGUGACAAGUGUUCUUCUGUUUUAUUUCCAUUAACGCGAGUAUUUCAGAUAUAACAUUUUACAGUUGGUCUUAUUUGGAUACAUAAUAAGAUACUUAGGCAGCAAAAAAAAAUCCGAGUAAUCCCGCUUGGGCAAAAUAUUGACAAUCAAAACACUGAAAAUGUAAAAUAUAUGAAAAGGUUGUAAUAAAAAUUAUUUUGAGCUAAAAUGAAUUUUGAAAAAGAAUUCAAUUUUUUGUUUGUGAAGGAAAGAGAAAAAAUAAACGAGAAAGUGGUGCAUGAGAUAGUCCAGAAAGUAGAAGUGAAAUAAUUAGGAUACGAUCAAAAUUGCGGAGUGUAUUUCAAACGGAGAUUACAAACGUACAACGAUACAGAGGAAACAAAGCUAUUCGAAAGAUAAGUGAAAAGAGAAACGAUAAAAUUACAAGCACCAAAAGCACCGGAAAGUAGAAAUGAGACACAUAAAAGUUUAAAUGCAGUGAAGUGAAAAGAAUAAUUAUGAUAAAGCAAAAUUGUGAAGAAAAGCUGUUAUGUGCAAUAAAGGUGCUGGCGCAGUAAACGAAGCGAAAAGAUAGUACAUAAAGUGAAGUUAAUCAUAUCGCUAUUGCAUUGUGUAUGCUUGAAAUUAAAGAAAGAAGCAAGAUAUUGCGAUUCCUUUUGCUUUCUUUUUUGUCUAUCGAAAAAUAUAAUAAAAUAAUACGAAGCAAAAAUUAAGUACAUACAACAACUAAUACACAUAUAUAAACUCGAAAAAUACUAGAGAUUGUUUGCGGUUGAUAUUCUUUGUAUACAGAUUUGAAACUGAUUGAGAUUGAGUAUAUCGCUAGUUGCACGGCGGGUAAGCUGAUAUACUUACCGCCUUUUGUUUGACUGUCAAACGGUCUGUUAGACCUGGCAGACAGUCCAUAUAAUUGGUUGAAAUUUUUAGUGAUCAGUGCAAAAAAUUUUUUCCAACUCAACUUCGAUCACCACACUAACAGUCAUAACAAAUAAGAUCGAAAGAAAAAAUUUUUUAAACCGCAAAAUCAAUCGAAAACGUACAAAAUGUCUUCAUUGGACGUGCGCAACAACUCAGCGGUGAUGAAACGUGCUGAACAACUUAAACGUUGGGAAGAAUCAGACACAAAUCGUCAGCCGCCAACGCCACGGCCAGAGAGAGGACGAAAAAUAAAAUUCUCCUCGGGCUGUGUCUUUCUAGCAGCCUGUAUGUCUGGUGAUAAGGAGGAGGUACUAAAGUUAUUAGAAAGUGGUGCCGAUAUCAAUACCGCCAACGUAGAUGGAUUAACCGCCUUGCAUCAGGCCUGUAUUGAUGAUAAUUUAGAAAUGGUUGAAUUUCUAAUCGAACAUGGCGCUGAUAUAAACAGACAAGAUAAUGAAGGCUGGACGCCGUUACAUGCCACUGCCUCAUGCGGCUUCGUAAGCAUAGCACGCUAUUUGGUGGAACAUGGCGCCGAUCCAGCGGCUGUGAAUAGUGAUGGUGAUUUGGCCGUGGACUUGGCUGUCGAUAUACAACAUUUGGCAAUGAUGGAUUUCAUGCAAAACGUGAUGACUGAACACAAUAUCGACUGUGAGAAGGCGCGCCAAGCGGAGGAGCAGCUAAUGUUGAGUGAUGCCAAAAAAUGGUUGCGCAGCGAUGCGUCCGAAGUAGAUCGGCCGCAUCCGAAAACAGGUGCUACAGCGUUGCAUGUAGCUGCAGCUAAGGGUUAUACGAAGGUUAUUAGUUUACUACUCGCUGGGCGUGCUAAUGUUGACAAACAGGACAAUGACGGCUGGACGCCGUUGCAUGCGGCUUCGCAUUGGGGCCAAAAGGAGGCAGCCGAUAUGCUUGUUAAUGCCAUGGCCGAUAUGGAUAUACGCAAUUAUGCCGGUCAAACGUGCAUCGAUGUGGCCGAUCGUAAAAUGGCGAAAUUCUUGGAGGAAUUACGUAGUACCAGCAAUAAACGUGUCAAAAGACGUCCAUCUAGUCAAAUCAGAAUCUCAGAUAAAAUUGAAAAUCACAUUGAUAAUACGCCAACGAAAAUUAUACGAGUGGAAGUGAAAUCGGAUCAGUCCAAGGAUCAAGUGAAUGCUUCUGUAACUGCAAAUGAACUGCCAAUGAUUGAUAGUAAUGAUCAGCUGGACUCUCAUAAUCUUGCACGUAUAGCUGAAUAUGAUGAAACUGAUUCUGAACUCACCGAUUCAACAGAGAGCUCACAUUCGACCAGUCUAUCCGAACCUGAAGAUGAAUCAAAACAAACUAAUGACACCACUAAACCAUCUACAAUUGCCGCAACAGAUAACCAAACCGCUGAGGAUGAAGCGCCUUGGCGACGCAACAGUUUGGCACGUGCGCGCACACAGAAUGAAAGUCCAACGAAAAAUCAAGUUCCUGAAAAAGAUGUUAGUAAGACUAACAGCACCACAGAAACAUCAGAUGUUAUCUUGAGGCGCACACAAAGCUUCGAGCAUGAUGAGAAAUUCUAUCAAAAAUAUCAUGAGCUACGCGCACGCAUAAAAGCCAAUUCAUGUCCCAUAUUGCCGGCUAAGCAACAGCAGCAACUUAAUAAUAGUAACAACAGUAGUAACAGUAAUAGCCAAAAUAACAAUAGCAACAGUAGUAAUAGCAAUAACAACAUCAAUAAUAACAGCAAUAGCAAUAACAGUAACAAUAUAAAUAACAGUAAUAAGAAUAACAUAAAUACCACCAACACCACAACCACAACCACCACCAACAUUAUCAAUAAUCCCACAAGCGCAUUAGGCAACGUUUACACGCCCAUUCCAAAUUAUUCGGUACAAAGAUCGGCAUCACUCAAAGAUCAUAGAAAUUACAGAACUAUUUCGACGAAUACGUCGGCCACAGCUAUUACGACAGCGUACACAACUAGCAUACCAUCAACAGCCGAUUCGACUACGUUAACAACAACCACCACCAUUACUACACCAUCGACAACAACAACAACAACACCGAUACGCAGCAACCCCACUAGUCCAGCAAGUGCUGCUGGUAAAGUUGCCGCGAGUGUUGCCAGCAAUAAUAAUAACAAUAAUAAUAAUAUUGUCAGUAAUACGAUCACAAAUGCAAACACUGCCAAUAAUAACAACAAUAAUGGUAACCAUAAUAAUAAUAAUGACACUAAACAGCAGUCAACAUCAUCUACUUCUGAUGCAGCUGCACCAGCAACACCAACUACUACUACUACUACAAAGCAGAAAAUGUCAGCCGGCUCGAUUUUCAAAAAUUUCUUCAAAUCCUUUGUGCCACCCGUGCGUGACGAGGAGAGUGAAACACAACGUAAAGCGCACGCUAAACGUGUGCGUGAGACGCGUCGCUCCACACAGGGUGUUACGUUGGAUGAAAUCAAGAGUGCCGAAGAGUUGGUCAAAAAGAAAAAUUCAAAUAUGAAUAACAACAAUAAUAGCAGCAGCAAUGAAACGCAAGUAGCUGCAGAAAUAGUAGCAACAACUUCAGAGUCAAUAAUAAUUCCAACAACUGAGCAACUCACAGCAACGCAACAACUUCCAUCAGAAGAGUCAAACCAAUCAGUUGAUAUUGAAACGCCAAUUCCUGAACACCACGCCAACAACACAGUCAUUGCGCGAACAGAGAAGAGUAAGGAUGAUGAUGAAGAAGAAGAGGAAAGCGCUGAAGCUAAGCAGCAAGGUGAAGACGAUGUGGAAAAUGAUGGCGAAGAUGUUUCUGCCACCUUCACAAUCGUUGCGCCAACUAGAAAGAAUUCUAGCACGAAAGCAACAAUCCUAGACGAUGUAACAACCGACGAAGCAACCACAGAUGAUAAUGAUGAGGAGGAAGUUACUGCCACAUACACGCUAACACCGCGACACUCGUAUGUGGGCAGCGCGGCAUCCACUGAAACUGUGGAAACGACGAUAGUGGUGACACCACCGGAAAUAACAGUCAAUGAAACGGAUGCAGAUCAAGAAACCGUUAGAAAAAAACUAAACGCAUCCGAAGAGAGUAAAAAUGAGAAUAGGUUAGAAACAGGAAAUGAAAACAAAGCUGAGGAGGUUGACGUGGACGACGAUGACGACGCGAACGACGAUGACGACGACGACGACGAUGACGACGACGACGAUGAGUCUGAAGAGCAGUCCGAAGAGCAAAAUGAAAAUGCUGUCAAAGAAGAAACUCCAAAUGCGGAAGGUGUAGAGCCUGAAGUAGAGGUUGAAGAGGAUGAUGAUGAAAAUGUUGAGGAUAAAGACGCCGAUGCUGAUGAGGAAGCAGAUGUAGAAACAGAUGAAAGUGAAAAUAUUGAGAUAAAUGAAAUAGAAACUGAAAAGACUGAGUGCUUUGGCAGCGAAAGCGCACUUCAAAAGCUGCAAACAUACGCAGGGCAAACAACCACUUCCUAUACCGAUCGCCAGCGCCCAAAUACACUUAUUCCAUUGCCAUUGGUCAGCGUGGCGAGUUCCUCAACGCAACCUGCUGUGACGACAUCCCCAACGCCUAGUGGCGCUACCGCGAAUACGCCAACAAUCGAAAGUCCUGUGCGUUUGCGUGAAAAGCGCAUACCUUUCGAACCGGACACCAAUAAUGCCUUAACAUUGGCGGAACGGUUACGCUACGAAGCGAACAAAUAUGCUUGCGAAGGCGAUGUGUCGUCAGCUGUCGUUAGCAAAACACGUUCUUUGCCACCAGCGCUACAGCAGGCGAGAGAGGAAAGUGGUGGCACCGCCAAUAUGGAACCACUCGCUUUAGCCGGCGCUACAAAUUAUGGUAAAACCUUACUAAGCAGCCGACGCAGUUUAGACUCCUCCUCAAUGUCACUGCACAGUAAUUAUGAUAAUAAAGAUUCACCAGCGGCGGUGUCAAGCGAGGCACAGUCCAAAAAUGCUGUUAUCGAUAGUAUUAGUAGUUGUAGCGGUGGCACAGUAGCGCUUCAAAUAGACGCGGCAACAACAACGACGGCGUUCUCCAGCAGCACCAGCAGCAGUAGUAGUACAAUGGCUGAGCGACGACCAUCUUGGCGUUUGAAAUUCGAUGCUGGCUGUAAGUUCAAACUGGAAGAUGCAUCGAGUGGGAAUACAUUUCCGCCAAAUAACAGCACAAUUAUACCAAGUGCGCCAGCUGUUCUUGCCGCUGCCAAUUUAUCGUCAACCAUAUCACAACGGCGUAUCAACAGUAAUUCAUUAAAUUCCUCGAAUCAAUCGUUGAAUUCAAUUGGACGACCAGUUUCUGCACCAGUUAAUGCCACCACAUCCAGCUCAUUGCUUGGCAACGAUACUCACAGCAACGAUGGUGUUAGCAUUUUCGGUCGAAGACUCACUGGUGGAUCUGCUAAUAGUGCUUAUAGCAGCAACUCCAGCAGCAGCAGCGUUACACCUACUACCGCCACAUCAUCUGCAGCCAACACAACAGCCACCGUUACAGCCGCUACCGCUAUUGCGACAUCUAAAACUAAUGAUGAUAAAGAUAAUGACAAAGAAAAUGAUAAUCGCAAUUUGUCUGCUCAAUCGGCAAUACAACGAAGACGGAAACCAAAACGAAGAUCCACCGGCGUUGUACAUAUCGAUAUGGAUGAGCUCGAUCCAGAACGACAAGAUUCAGCUAACGAUGCGGAAGAGAAAGAGAAAGAAAAGGAGAGUGGCGGCGAACGUGGCGCAUCGCGUUCACGCCUAAGCAGCACUACUACCAGCAACUCAAACUCCACAACAGACGAGAGUAAAGCACGUGAUAGGUCAGAGAAUGGCGAAGCCAUCGACUAUAAGGCUCUAUGGGAGGCUGUAAAAUUGGAGAACGACAAACUGAAGCAACAGCUAAAGAAGAAAGAUGAAGAAAUCGUACAAAGUAGAGCAACACUCGAAAGAUUUACAAACGCAACAACUAAAAACUCACUCUCAGAGCUCGAAAAACGCGAAAGGAGAGCAAUGGAACGCAAACUUUCCGAAAUGGAAGAAGAGUUAAAGCUAUUGCAGAAGCUAAAGACCGAGAAUGAGCGUUUGCGUGCGGAGAAUCGCGCUCUCACGCGCGUCGUAUCCAAGUUGACCACCUCAGCUCAAAGUCAAUUAGCUAAAAAAUCAAAAUAAUUUAAACAAUAAAAGAAAGAAAGCCAAAGAAACAAAAAAUAUUAAGAAAAUAUUUAUAUGAAUUAAUAGCGAAUAUACAUACAUAUGCUAUAGACUAUAAGAAAAUGAGUAGUUGAAAAUUUAUUAAAGAAAUUCAUAUUGUUAAAAAUAAGUGUUCAUGAAAGCAAAACUAAAAAGAAAAAAAAUCAAGCAAAACGGUUAAUACCAAAGAAACACCAGUGUGGACUAAUAUGUAAGAUCGUGUUAGAUCGUGAAUGAUGAUGAUGAAAUGCUGAUGAAGGAUGAUGCGCUCAUAUGUAGCUGCAUGAAUUGAAGUUGCGAAUCAAAAUACAAGUUUCGUUUAUAGUCGAAAAAAUUGUUUAAGAGCUAAACUCGUGCGCAGAGAGAGUUAACGCUUUUUUUGUAACUCCAUUUCUCUCUCCCGCUCUCUCUCACUGUAUUACGUUGCCUAAGGGUUUGGAACUUGGAUGAAUGAAUCAAUGAAAGAGUUCAGCAACUGGUACCAGUAUAUUAAAUAUAAUAUGUGCAACAAAAAUUGCCAUUGAGUGCCAACUUUACAGCGUACCAAUCAAGCGUACUAUUUAUAUCGCCGUAGAGCAAUUUUCAUUGCCCAACAUUAUACUCAUAGAUUUACUAAAUAUUUAAAGUGUUUAUAAUACUCUUUCAUAUCAUAAACGCACAAUAAUCUAAUAAAUAUAGUAUAAACCAG